GGGCGGGGCGCGCGCACCGGCGACCCCGCGGCGGCUUCCCGGACCCCGCUGGCUCCGCGAAGCAAGGGGCGCGGUGCCCAGUGGCGCGGGGUGGGGCAGACGGGUGCAGGGGACCUUGUCGCAGAAGCUGCGGGAAGAAGUUCAAGGCCGACGCUUUGCUCCCUCAGCCCGACGGCGGCGACACUGCUGGCUGCAGGCCACACUGCGCUUUCCUGGGCCCCUCCGGGGAGAGCGAACGGCUGGGCUCCAGGGCCCGGGCCGGUUAAAAUGAAUGCCAAGCAGACUGCAGCGCCUUUCCUAGCCACAGGCAGGGGCGCCCAGGCGGUUUCCAACCACAGGGCGACUGGCCUGGGCCUCCGAGGACACAGGGUGGCUGCGCUCCGAGCCCUCCCCCUGCCCGGGCAUGCUCUGGCGGGGUGCCACAUGGACCUCGCCAUUUCUGGCCCGUGAACCGCCAGGACCCUGGAGAAACAAGGCCUCCGGUCUGUCCCACCGUCUCUCUGCCCACACCCCCCCGGCCUUGGCAUUCUAACCAGCGUCCCUUGACGUCACAUCUCGCCAUUUCUAUCAACCAAUUGAAACUUGCCCGUUGUCAUAAAAAUAUAUAUUUUUACGCCAUUGGUAAAUUCAAAAGUUCCUCGUGGGCCCUGCUUCCCAGGAAACUUCGGCCCACAUUUGAUUCAACUGCCCAGGAGGGGGCAACUGGGCACACUGGGUAAGGCUGGCCUGGGCUGC